AUGAGAAGGCAGUCCAAGGCUCAUUGGAGGUGGAAGAAGCGAGCGGCCGGACCGGCGUGGGUCAGCUUCAGAUUUCCGUCGUUGCCGGAGGUGGGCGCAUCAGCCACGGUCGCAGGUGGGUGGAGGGAUAUGGCGGGUAACCAGAGCUCCUUCAUAGCCGGAGGCGAGCACAGCUGCGGCGGCCGGACCUCGUAUCUGAAUGUUGUGCUCUACACAGCUACUUCCCCGAGGGCCGAGGGUAGUCUAGCAUACAAGCUCCACGGCGCUGGAGUCUCUCGCACAGCUACGUUGGACUGGGAACAGCGGAUAGCCAUCUCGCUUGCUGUGGCGCGUGGGGUGUCGUUCAUCCACUCAGUUGGACCUUCAAGCUGCCAUGGCAACAUCAAGUCUUCAAAUGUCCUGCUCAGCAGCACCCAUGAUGCAUGUGUGUCGGAGCAUGGCCUGAUAACACUUGGCGUGGAUAAGUUGGUCUCCCAGGAAGCCGACGUGUACAGCUUUGGCGUCCUACUGCUGGAGAUUCUCACCCGCAAGACUCCUGUAAAGAGCACACGGCAUGAGGAGGGAGUGGAUUUGCCAGAGUGGGCACGUUCCGUUAUUCACGAGGCACGCGAGGAGUGGUCAGCGGAGGUGUUCGACGUGGAGCUCCGAAGACUGUGGCAGAAUGACAGGAAAAAGCAACACAUGAUACGACUCCUGCAGCUUGCCCUGAAAUGCUGCAGUGAAGAUACCAACUCCAGACCUACAAUGUCCGAUGUCGUGCAGAGGAUUGAGGAGAUCCGGUAGUCCUGACUCCUGGAUGAGAGUUCCAGGAUCACAAUCACAUUCACAUAUUUCCUUGAAAAGAAUCUUUUCAUUGUAAAUCUGUAAUCUAUCAACUGUCGUGCAUGGUAUUGGUAUAUACCUGCAUUGUUCCAAAUGACGUGCUUGGUUUCAUAAUUCUACCUUCUAUUAUUUUACAAACAUCAAGGACAACAUAUUGUGAUGAUAUGUCAUUAU